AUGCCCGUUGACGAUGCUCCCCAGGAUGAGGAAGCCCGCGAGACCUACAACUUUCCACCGGGAGCAUACGGCCUUGUAUACCGAGCCGAAGUGCCUGAUCACGGUAUCAGAGAUGCAGAAGAUCCCGAGUCGAACGAGACCGGUCCCGGUGAAGAGGAAGACCCGCAGGAGAACACCGAGCCUCAAGCGAGCGAGCCGAAGCCCUACAGAUACGAGAUAAAAGUCAUGAAAUGGGGGUUAAUCCCCUUCUGGACGAAACGAGCACCCGACUACUCCUCCAUGAUGCGAACCAUCAACUGCCGAGACGACUCUCUGAUCGAGAACAAAGGGAUGUGGAACACUAUGAAACAGAAAAAGCGCUGUCUAGUCGUGGCACAGGGAUUUUACGAGUGGUUGAAGAAGGGCCCAGGAGGAAAGGAGAGAAUCCCCUACUUUGUCAAGCGAAAGGACGGCAACUUGAUGUGCUUUGCAGGGCUUUGGGACUGUGCCCAAUAUGAAGGCUCGGGAGAGAAACUGUACACUUACACCAUCAUCACCACGGAUUCUAACAAGCAGCUUAACUUCUUGCACGAUCGGAUGCCGGUCAUUCUGAAUCCUGGAACCGAUGAAGUCAAAAUGUGGCUGGACCCGACAAGGAACAAGUGGUCAAGAGAACUUCAGUCUCUCUUGAAACCAUACGAAGGCGAGCUUGAGUUCUAUCCCGUGGAUCCUGCCGUCGGCAAGGUGGGGAACAACUCGCCCAGCUUCAUAGUCCCCGUCGAUAGCAAGGAGAACAAGAAGAAUAUCGCAAACUUCUUCAGCGGUGCUAACAAGAAGCAUGUCAAGGCCGACUCUACCAAGGUAGAGACUGAGCCAGAGGAGACCAGGCCGACUAUCGACCACGAUGGAAGCGAGAACAAUGCACCGCUGCCUAUCCCUCCCAUCUCAGUGAAAGAAACUCAGGGGCAAAAACGUCUAGCGGCGGAUGCGCCAGAAGAGAGUCCGGCAAAUAAGCAAACUAAACUCUCGUCACCGCCAGCGAAGCUUUCAACACCCGUCAAGACUGCAGGAAGCAAGACACCGAGAAGUGCAACAAGUAACAAGGGCAUGGCAUUGAAGACGAGCCCAACCAAAAAGAUCGAACCUGGAACCCAGCGGAUCACGAACUUCUUCACCAAGUGA